ACUGCCAUGGAAAACUCCCCAACGUUCUUUUCUAAACUGGUAACCUGAGCUGGGAGACAGCUUUCCUAGUUACUAAGUGUCCACUAGUUGAGCCCUGGGCAAGCCCUUGAGAACAGACCCUGGAAACAACACACAUUUGAAAUUCUUUUGUAUCAAAACAAGCUGUGAGGACAGGAUGCAGUUGGAGGUCCUCUCUCUCCUCUGCCUGGACCCGGGUUACUAUAGUUCACCAGGAAAUUGUUUGGACCCUGAAAAAGCUCCAAGUCCUGCCUUGGGGAUCUCAUGCCUCUUGGCUUCCUUGCUGCUCCUUUGUGACCAGAAGAUGGCUGCACAACCACAUGCUGGGCCACACUGCUCCUAUUGUUCCCAUCAGAGCACAGGGGAACCCAUGCUCACUGGUUCCUGAUUCAGGAUGAACAGCCUGCUGUGAAGACAGCCCCAGAUGCCUGGCUUCCAGGGUGUGGUCCCUGUGCAUCCUGAGGCUGAGGACCUGUGGAGACAGCUGCAUGCAGAAGCCCCUUUCCCAUGCCCUUCCUCAUGCACACACUGCCUCUCUGUCUCUCCAUGUGUGGUGAGGACACCCAUGGAGAAGAAGUGACAACCUGGAGCAGCUGUGAAGGAAAUUAAGGAGGCGACAGACACAGCAUCCCAUCUUUGUGCCUCAUACAGAGCUCAGCUUUGAGGCCAGCCUUCCUGAGCUUUGGGGGUGUGGCAUGCAUGACCCUCAAAGGGCAAUGGCCUGAUGGGGAGCUUAUAAAGUGACUUGGGAGAAGCCAGGCACCAAAACAGGCACCUCACUUGGAGGCUUCUGUGUGGAAACUAUCAUCUUAAUAAGAAAAGGCCUCUCCUGAAGCCACUCAGACCCAAGAUGGUGACCAUGCUGUUGCUCCUGGGCACACUGGCAGGCCUCUUCACUGCAGCCGAGGGACAAAGUUUCCAUCUUGGGAAAUGCCCAACUCCUUCAGUGCAAGAGAAUUUUGACGUGCUAAAGUAUCUUGGAAGGUGGUAUGAAAUCGAGAAGAUCCCAUCGAGCUUUGAGAGAGGAGACUGCAAUCAAGCCAACUACUUGCUGAUGGAGAAUGGCAACAUCAAAAUGGUAAACCAGGAGAGGAGACCCGACGGAACCAUGAACCAAGUCGAAGGGGAAGCCAAACAUACCAACCUCUCCGAGCCAGCCAAGCUCCUAGUCAAGUUUUUUGAGUUGACGCCAGCCACACCGUACUGGAUCCUGAUCACUGAUUAUGUGAACUACGCUCUUGUGUACUCCUGUACCACCAUCAUCUGGCUCUUCCACGUGGAUUAUAUUUGGAUCCUGGGAAGAAACCCUUAUCUUCCUCCAGAAACAGUAACCUACCUGAAAGAUAUCCUUAUUUCUAACGGUAUCGACACCCAAAAAAUGAUAAGCACUGAUCAAACGAACUGCCCUGAAUUCCCGUAAAGGGAGGGACAGCCACUCUGGGUUACUUCUCUGCUUUGCGUCCCCUGGCUCCACCCCAGCUCCUCAUGAAGACAAACCGAGCGACUGUGACAAGUACCAGAGGGAAAGUUUGGCUAUAGAAGCCAGUGGAGGGGCCUCAGGGGAAGUUGAUCCAAACCCAGCCAGAUCCCAAACUGUCACCCCGCCACCGCUAGCCCAGUAAUAAACAUUUUGCUGAUCA